GCCAGAGCGAACGAGCGAUCCGGCAGGAGCUCCGGCCGCGCCGAUGAGGCUCCCGUGGCAGCCGCAGCUGCUGGCCCACCUGGCAGGGGUGGUGUUGGCCGCAGGGGCUCUCUCGAUCCUGCCUUCCCCUGCCAACAUCAGCUACGUCUUCGAUGAGAGCAACUGCAUCUUGAGCGUCCAGUGGGAUCCAGUCAGGCUCCCGCCCGGCUAUCCCUGUGGGGAGAUGUAUUACACGGCCCUGUUCGAUGGCAAAACCUGGAUCCAAGAGACAUGGAGUGAAGCCCUUUCCAAGAAAAUGGCGGUCCCUCUGGGGAAAAACAUGUCUUUUGGGCUACGAACAGCUUGUAGGAACAACAGUGACGAAGGAAAAUUGUUCGAGAUCCCUCUGGAACAGAACGGGAAAGCAGAAACGGGAGCUACGAACGUCAGCUGCGUUUGUCAUAACAUGGAAUGGAUGGCCUGUUCGUGGAAGCGAGGAAGGCAAGCGCCACGCGACACCAGCUACAGCCUCUCCUUCUGGCACGACAAUUUGGAAGAAAGGCAGCGAUGCACAAAUCGUAGCGUCGAUGGAGACACCUUCCGAUGUGUUUUUCCGAUCAACUGUUCCGGAGAACGCACCCUGGUCCUUUCUCUCCGAAGCAACUCGGAAGACAUCCAGCCGGUGUGCGUGCUUACCAAGGAAGGUACAGAAAAGUCUGAUUAUCCAAUAAAACUUAAUCCACCAUCAAAUCUGAAAAUCGUGCAGGGCAGUAAUGUUCAUUUUCUAACAUGGCACCCUCCCAGCUCCUGGAAUGGCAUAUGCUAUAAUGUUGAAAUCAAUGGCGUUAAGGAAGAGCCUAUAGAAGAUAACACCAAAGUAACCGUCACCCUCGAGGCAAAGAAGUACCACACUCUCAGAGUAAGGGCAGUGCUGGGCAAGAUGGGCACUAACUGCAAGGAAGCACGGGGUCUCUGGAGUGAAUGGAGCGAGGCGGUGCCCUGGGAUAAUCGGGACAAGUUUGAAACAGUGAAUAUUAUUUUGUUUGUCACGAUUCCAUUAUGUGCUGCAAUCCUGACCAUCGUUCUCCUCGUUUAUCUGAAGAGGAUUCAGCUGUUGAUUUUCCCGAAAAUUCCUGACCCUGAAAAAGUUCUGAAACGAAUGUUUGAAGAUCAGAGAGAAGAUUACCUGCCGGUUGAAUAUCCAUCCGAAUUCAUUAAACCCGAUACAAUCAGUAGAAACAGACUACAAGAUGAGCUAGCCAAGGAAAAACCUGCGCUUCUACUCGCAACGCCUACAGGAAAUGAGAACGUCAAGUUGCUGUCUUUAUAUCAAACGACUUCUGAAUGUAAACCAAGCAAGCCCAAUGCUGCAGGACAAAGACUCAUCUCAAGAGGUGAUGGGUGACCUCUUGGAGAAAGACCUUUGCACGCAUUCGCUUAUUCGUUGAACACACCUUGAUGGAUCCAGCAAAUGCAGACAGGAGCAGUGGAAAUUCACUCUUCAGCUGGCAACUGAAGAGCAACAACCUUUGUCCCCAAAGUUAUUGAAAACUAAAUAUCAAGCCACAUGGUAGCUUCUGUGAAGUAACAUUAACUCUAAAGGACUGGUGUUUUUAUACACGCGUGCCAGUUCAGCAGCAACACAGCCAUCUGCAAUCAAACUGGUAAAGCUUUUAGCCCUACGCAAACGGUGUGAUAGCAACCUAGCCCCCCAUCAGGACGAAGCCAGAAUUUCUCAAAAGGAGACAAAAUGGCAGGCAAGACUGGUGAUGCUUGCAUCUAUUAUUAUUAUUAUUAUUGCCCUUUUUCUCCAGGUCACUUGCUUGUCACAAGCGCAUGAAUGUAGAAAGUCUAGGAAGGGGUUUACGCAUAUCUUAAUUGCUUAAGUCAGGUUUCGAUGCGGUAGCCGUGAUAAGCGCAUUGAGACCACUGGGGAGGAUAAGAUGACACCGCAGAUCUGAAGCUGAACAAGAUCAUUGUUAGCUUGGCUGGAACCCAAAGGCUGAGCAGUUGCACAAUCCAGCGAAUUACGCGAAAGGACUUGACUGCGUGUCCAAAUCCAUGUUUACACUUACAGUGGUGUUUUUGAGCUGGUGAAUUUAUCUUCACCAGCAACCUAUUUUUUUUUUGUCCCUAGAAAACUGUGAAAAGCCUUGAGAUUAAUUUGUUAUGUUUUUCAGGUUCUGUAAAAACUUUGUUGAGCUGUGCCAUUUUAUGUAAACAAUGAACGAUACUUUUUUUUUUCUAA